AUGAAGGACAUAUUCAAAGUAUAUAAAGACAUGCAAAUAAAUAGCAUUGUUCCCGAAACGAACAGAUAUGACUUUGUGGACAAUAAUCUCGGAAAGGUAGUUUGUGGCUCAGUUAUCUCAUACCAGCAGCGCCAAAACACAACAAAUGACCCCAAAAUUCACAUGAACAUUGACGGGCCAGAAAAUCCACCAGCUUUUGAUGUGCCAUCACUUGAAAACCAUUAUUUAUUUGUUCCCAAAUUGGCAGAAAUAAACUUUAUUGAAGGACUCAGUGUAUCACUAGAACAAUCUUGUUUAUAUGAGGAAGAGACAAGGGAGCAAUCUGACACACAGAAGUGGCAUGACUUGAGGGCACAGAGAUUAUCUUCCAGUAAAUUUAAAGAUGUGUGUAUACGAAGAGCUGACUUUGAAUCAUUGGCAGUCAGACAACUGAAGAAGACUGUGCAAACUUCGGCAAUGAAGCAUGGCAUAAAUACAGAAGAAGAGGCAGCUUCUGCAUAUGCUGACAGUGGAGAUUGCAAUGUUUUCCCUGCCGGGAUUGUUAUCAACCCGUCUUGCCCACACCUGGCUGCCUCUCCAGAUCGAAGGGUCUAUGAUCCCUCUGAAAACAGUCCCUGGGGGCUGUUGGAAAUCAAGUGCCCUAUUAAGGAUUCAAUUUCUCAGCUGCCAUAUCUGAAAUGUGUAAAUGGAAUUUAUAAACUUAAAAAAACACAUAGCUAUUACUACCAGAUAAUGGGACAGAUGUUGUUGACAGGUUGUGAAUGGGUAGAUUUUUAUGUUUAUUGUAAAUCUGACUUUCAUUUAGAAAGAGUGAGGUUUGAUGCAGAAUUUUGUGCAACGAUGAAGAUGAAAUUAGACACGUUUUACUUUGAAUACCUCCUCCCUGAACUGUUAAAAAAAGCAGGGGCUUAA